AUGGCAGUUGGGAGAUUCUUUUAUGAUGCAUGCAUUCCUACUAAUGUUGCGAAUUCCUUCUACUUCAAGCCAAUGUUGAAUGUUAUAUCUACAAUUGGUCCUGGAUAUAAGGGUCCCAAUUACCAUCAGCUGCGGGUUAACCUUUUAAAGGAUGCCAAGAAGGAAGUUCAGUUACUUGUGGACUCUUAUCAUGCAAUUUGGGCAAAAGUUGGGUGUACAAUAAUGGGAGAUGGUUGGACAGAUAAUAGACAAAGAACAUUCAUUAACUUCCUUGUGUAUUGUCCUGAAGGAAUAUCGUUUGUGAAAUAUGUUGAUGCUUCAAACAUUAUCAAGAAUGCAACUAAUUUGUUUAUGUUAUUUGAUGAGGUGAUUGAAUGGGUGGGUCCACUCAAUGUAGUUCAUAUAAUGAUUGAUAAUGCAGAUAUUGAUAAGAUAGACCAUGUUGCUGAACUUGUAGGACAUGCAUCAAAUGUGACAAUUUUUGUGUAUAAUCAUGUUGUUUUGUUAAGUUGGUUGAGAAAAAGAAACGGAUGGACAAAGAUUCUCCGACCUGGUGUAACUCGCUUUGCUACUGCAUUCAUUGCACUCAAGAGUCUUCGUGAUCAUAAACAUGACUUGCAAGCUUUGGUGACUAGUAAGUUCUUUGUGGACUCUAGAUAUUCAAAGGAUAAUAAAAGUAAAGUUGCAGUUUCCAUCAUCUUGGAUAAUAGAUUUUGGAAUGAUUGUUUGAUUGUUGUGAAUUUUAUGUCUCCACUAAUGCGCUUAUUGGGUAUUGUUGAUUGUGAUGAGAGGUCUUCGAUGGGAUAUGUGUAUGAAGGCAUGUAUAGGGUUCGUUUGGGCAUCAAGAAAUUGUUUAACUACAGCAAAAGACUAUACAAGCCUUAUACAAAGAUCAUAAAGCAACGUUGGAAUCAACAACUAAAGAAAAACAUUCAUUCAGCAGCUUAUUGGUUGAAUCCAUGUUUCCAAUAUGAUCAAGAAAACUUUUGUAAUAAGUCAACUGUUAUUGAAGAAGUCAUGGAUGUUAUUGAUCAGAAAGUUCUAAAAGGCAAGCUUGAAACAAUGAAUGAAAUGAAGUCGUUUCGUGAUUGA